AUGGCUUUGAUCAACCAAUAUGCGAUUUGUUUUUUAUCUACAUUGAUAAUUAUUAUUUCUAUUCCUAAUUUGAUAUUAGCGGAUACAACUACUUCAACAUGUCCAAACAAUAUAAAUUCUACUUGUACUAUUUUACCAUUUAAUAUUAGUAAUCCACCGGAUGUUUGGCUUAAUGUACCAGAUUUAAGUGUUCAAGAAAUUUCAUUAGUUGUUGAAGAUAUUCAAGCACAUGUAAGCAUUUCAGCUAAUGUUGCUGGUUUAGUUUCACUAAAUGCGGGUGUUGAUGUAUCUAUUGCUAAAGUUAAUUUAACUAUCUUAGGUGUUAAAGCUCAAGUACAAUUAGCUGUAUAUCUUGAUAAUAUAGCUAAAAUUGUUACACGAACAAUGGCUUCACUUGAUCUUAAUCCUUUAUUAACAUCAGUUGUUAAUGGAGUUUUUCAAACAGUUGAUAAUUUACUUGGUACACUUACACAAAAUGGAACACUUAUUAAUCAAAUUAUUGAUAGUACUGGCCAAAUUGUCAAUCAAGUUUUAGGUACUGCAGGAAAUGUUCUAUCAUCAGUUGUUGUUGGUAAUUUUCAGCAAAAUAUGACAUUGACUGGUAUUACAAGCACUCAAGCCAAUGGAGAUGUUAUUAAACAAUAUAGUUAUCCACCACCAGCUGGUUCAUCAUCAAAUGCUAAUAUACUUGUUAAUGUAGUUUUUGAUUCAACAGGUAAUGUAUUGAGUGCCACUGUCGUCAAUCCUUCAUCAACAGCAACUAGUACAACUAGUUCUGCUACAGCUCCUAAUACUGCUGCAACAGUGACUGGUACUGGCCCUACUGUCACUGUUACUACUGCAACAAUGACUAGUGCUGUUCCAACUGUCACUAGUACUACAACUACUACAACUGCAGCUGUUCAAAAAUAA